AUGGUUCAUGCAGUCGAUUCGAACAUUACAGAUAAGCAAGAGCAAUUUGUGAAACUGAUGGAAAAACGGCCGAUACAAAGUUAUAUGCGUCAAGUUCUUGAUAUUUUACCAGCAUCAUUGGAUGACGUUCUUUGUACAAUUUCGGCGGGUUCAAAUCCUUACAUUUUGUACUGCCUCGACGCAAGAGAUUUUCCCCUAUCAUUGACAAAACGUUUCUUCAGGAUUAUGAAACUAAGAAAUUUAGAUAUUAGUAGAACUUAUUUCAUUAUUAACAUGCUGGAUAAUAUUACUGAUGAUUUAAGUAUUGCUAAUAUAAGGCGAUACGAGUCCUACUACAGGCAGACUCUUCCUGCGUGGUCACAUAAUUUACAAAUAAAUAUGGAUUUCAAAGUUGAUCCUUCCCAUAUUUUCGUUAUGACUAAUAAAAUUUCGGCCCCAAUCGUGAAUUUGUAUCAACACUUAUCCUUGGAGUCCUGCAAAUGCUUUAUUAUUGGAGUAGGUAACACAGGAAAAUCUACCCUUGCUAAAAGACUUAUGCGAAUGAUUUUACGAAAUGUGCCGACAGCUAGUACUUCAUCAACAAUGAAGAAUGUCGACAAAAAAGCUAAUUAUUAUUAUUCAAUAUCUCCAUACCCAUUUUCGACAAGAAAGAACUUUGAGUAUGAGAUAAGUGCUUUGGAUUCCACUUUGAUUGAUACCCCGGGAUUUCUGCAUCAUCGCAAGGGAAUUUACGGAAUAUUAGAUAAGAAGUAUAGAUUAAACCUUCAGCAACAGUUUAGAUUUGAUCACAAACAACGUUCUAUCCUAUUAAACCCAUCUAUCCCUUCCCAAGUUUUUUCUGUUAAUGAUGUGUUCUUUCUUAAGCCGAGGGGAGUAAGUUCGUUCAAGUACCGCAGAUUUUUGUAUGGAAAAUUAGCUCUAUAUAACACAUACACGGAUGGCUAUGAACACAUGAUAAGUUCAGGAAAGUUUGUGAAACCCAUGAUUAGACGAUAUAUUAUUCCUCCUUUUGAAGGCAAGAUUGAUUUGAUAUUUGAAAACAUUGGAUUCAUUGAGCUGGAUAACACGACCCAUCUGGAGUCAGCUGAUGUUUGGCAACUUUACGCUCCAAAGAAUAUUAAAAAGAUUGUGCGGAUUCCAAGUCUUUCUGUUUCCAUACUGACUGGCCAGGAGCCCAUAUAUAUACCACUUAAAGAAGUUCCUAUGCUUCUUAAUUUCAAGAAGUUUGAAAGCGAUCUAUCAAAAUACUGUGAAAGCAGUUUCAAAAUUCUUGGGCCAUAUAUGGAGCAUACCAAAAUAAAACAGCAGCACUGA